AUGGCCCAAAAGGCGAUCGGGACCCACAACGCCAUUUUCCACUGCGAUGAAGUAUUGGCGAUUGCAAUGUUCAAACAACUCCCAGAGUACAAAAACGCCGACAUUAUUCGCACCCGGGAUAACAAAGAACUGGCCACUUGCAACAUCGUCGUUGAUGUGGGCUCUGUCUUUGAUGCGGCUUCUAAUCGUUUCGACCAUCAUCAGCCAUCAUUUAAGCUUACUAUAAAAGAUUUCCAUCCUAAGCUGGAACCAUCCGUGAAAUUGAGCAGUGCGGGUCUCAUUUAUGCUCACUUCGGUAAAAGAGUAAUAACCGAGAUUGCUGGGAAGUUGAAUUCUGAUGAAGACUUGGAAGCGGUAUUUAAGCGGGCGCUAGCUCUGGUUUCUGACGAAUUGGUUGCAAAUGUCAGGCGUUUAGUGGACGAGUGGCUACCGGCUAGAACCAUUGUGAAGGGUGCUCUUAAGUCACGUUUUUCCGUCCACCCCUCUGGAAUGAUUGUAAAAAUGACCAGUCCAGGCUGCCCCUGGAUGGAACAUAUUUAUGACCUUGAAAAGGAAGAAAUGGACAUCACGCAGACAGCUGGCCCCCUCCCUUUUAGUGGGCGACCUGUCUUUAUUUUCAGGCCUGGUACCAGGGCAUCCGGCGUCACCGCCAUUUCACUCAGCGAAGAUCAACCAUACUUAAGACGGUAG